AUGUUUUGGAGCCAUCACGGCAAUGCCUUGACUGCUUCUUGGGUCGAUGUUUUCGGGUAUCCGUCGGUGCGCGAGUGCCGCUGGCUUGCUUUUGCGGCCUGCCUCACCCCUCGAAAUUUGAAAGGCCUAGCCGUCUCUUUCGGCUCUGACUUCCUUUCCAGGGACGUGGACCGGGCAGUCGCGGCGCUCGCCGUUGCCGUCGUGCUGGUGUCAUUCGGCGGCGCUCCAGACCUAGUUGCUAUAGGUCGAGUGGCCAUGUGUGUGGUUUUCGCCGGUUUCUCCCUGAAAACUGUGCCUCGCGUCGCCAUGAGCAGCGCCCAAGAGAUUGAGAAGCCGGAUCAGUUGUCAGCGGCGGAUCACGAGGGAGAUCAUGAGGUGGAGGCGGUCCAGGACGAGGUGGCCGCCAUCGUGGAGCUGGUGACGGAGCUGAAGCAGGAAGGCACGACGCUGUUCCGUCUGCGGGACUACGACGGCGCCGCCUUCAAGUUCGACGAGGCGAUCCGGCUCUCGCCCAGGGCCCCGCGCGCCUACGACGAGAACGACAUCGCCUCCCUCCACAGCAACGUAGCGGCGUGCUACAUGCACAUGAACACGGGGCAGUGCCCCGAGGACGAGCACCACUACCACCAGGCCAUCGACCGCUGCAACAUGGCCCUCGAGGCCUCGCCCAGGUACACCAAGGCGCUCCUCAAGCGGGCGCGCUGCUUCGAGGCGCUCGACCGCCUCGACCUCGCCUGCGUCGACGUGCAGGAGGUGCUCACCCUCGAGCCCAACAACGCUGUCGCGCUCGAGCUCCUCGAGAGCCUCAGGGAGGAGAUGGAGGAGAAGAAGUUCCUGCUCGAGCAGGAGGCCAGGUCGCUCGACGAUCUCAUCAAGGUCAUUUCCGCCAGCGAGAAGGUGGCCAAGCAGUUCAGCACCGUCGCCAGCAGCGGGAAUAAAGCCGAUGCUGCCGCCGUUGUCUCGACGGAAGAAACGGAUGCCCACGAAAUCUUCCAUGGAGAACACGAGGACGAGCACGCCAGCUUCAACGACAAUGACGGGCAAGAAACACCACACGGCUCGUCCGAGGAGGACCAUGUUGGUGAGAGUGAUCAGGACAAGCAAGGAGAUCAACAUGGAAGCAUGGACGACAGCAACGCAGAGCAUACCGCCACUGAUGGGCCACCUCGGCUGUGUGAUAAUAAGGAGCAAGUGUCGUCGUCGUCGUCGUGCACCGAUGCGGAGGUUCGGGGGCACGACUCGACUCAGAGCUUGUCACACGACCAGUAG